AUGAGCGCUGUGGUUUCCGAAGUACCAGCCGGUGGCGGUGAUCAGCGAGUGGACCGUGGAGUGCACGUAAGGAAGGGCAAAGGAUUGGCGAUCUCGUCAUUGGAUGAUGUGAAAACGGUGAUCCGUCAAUUGCUUUAUGACCAGGAUAACAAAACUGUUGAUCGUACAUUCGAGCAAAUCGAAAAGAAAGUCCAUAUGAAGCGGGAACAGAUUGCCUAUGUUCUUUUCGCGCUUACUGGUCUGUACCUGAUUUUUGGAGCAUUUGCUCGAUUGGCUUGCAAUAUGAUUGGUUUCGCGUACCCGGCGUACGCUUCCGUCAAGGCGGUCCGAACUGCUCAGAAAGACGACGACACACACUGGCUUAUUUACUGGACUGUUUUUGCUGCUUUCUCGAUAAUCGACUUCUUUGCGGAAUUCAUUUUUAGCUACUUCCCUGUCUACUGGAUUUGCAAGGCCAUUUUCCUGCUGUACUUGUACCUGCCACAAACAUAUGGCGCAUUAAUUAUGUACGAUCGCUUUUUGGAUCCUGCGAUAACGGUUGUGGACGGAUGGAUGCAAAAAUAUGGGCUAGAAACGAUCAAGGAAGACUGA